AUGUCUUCUCUCGACCGACAAAGCCGGAUCGAGGUCAACAAGGCCAUCCGCAAAAUCAAAGAUGAGCUUGAUGUGCUGCUCGAAAAGGGCAUUCUCGAGGAGUCCGCCUUUGACUCUAUCCAUGCCUCUCUUCCCACCGAAAUUCCUCUCACAGGCGCUGUUCCUGCUGCCGCCGCUCGAUCCUCCGAUGCAAGCCCUGCACCUACACAGGCUAUGAACAACCUCAACCUCAACAACGGUAGCAGCGGCACCAACUCAGCCCAACGCAAUUCCCCGAACCCUCCGUCCUACAACGACACUCCUCCUCCCAGUCUCCCGAACCGUAACGCAAAGCCCGUUAUUGCCAACGCUCGCGCUCUGUACAAAUACGCCGGCACUGAUGCCCGUGACGUGUCUUUCGAAAAGGAUGACGAAAUCUUGGUUCACGAGUACAUGAACCAGGACUGGUGGAUGGGCAAGAACAAGCGCACCGGCGAGGAGGGUAUCUUCCCCCGCAACUACGUGCUAGUCAACGAAGCCAGCAAGGCUCCUGUGGCUCCUGUGCAACCGCAGUACGGUUACCCUCAAGGGCCACCUCAGCAGCAGAACCCGUACAACGCCAAUGCACCACCCAUGGCUGUGGCCAACGACGGAUCUGCUGGAGGCAGUGAUAGCAAGGCGGGAGAGUACGGCAAGAAGUUUGGCAAGAAGCUUGGAAACGCAGCCAUUUUCGGUGCUGGUGCUACUAUUGGUGGCAAGAUUGUUAACGGCAUCUUCUAA